AACACAAAAACAGCGAUGUCCAGUUUGAAUUCCAUAUUUAUUUUGAUGAUGCUUUCAAGGAUGUUGAUAAUGGAAGGCAUGCAAAUGAAUAUGCUGAAAGUAUUGUGGAUGUCAUCAAAGAAGUCUACACCAUUUUCAGUGAAGAAGACCGAUCCAUAUUCAAGCAGAAGGCAGCACUACCACCCCAGAAGAUCAUAAACACCCCUUAUGGGGGGCGGCUGGAAUACACCCUCCCUAAAGGCAAUCUGAUGAUGAUUCAUCUGAAAGACAAGACACUUAUCCGUCACAAAAAAAGAUGGUCUCAGAUAAUGUACUUGUAUUACAUUCUUGGCUGGAGACUUAACAGACAGUACUUCAAAGAGUUUGAGGAAGAAAGGGAGAACACGUAUAUCUUGGCCCUGGAUGGGGACACUGAUUUCCAGCCAUCUGCAGUCAUGCUGUUAGUCGACAGACUUAAACUCUACCCAGAGGUUGGGGCUGCCUGUGGCAGGAUUCAUCCAACAGGCACAGGGCCCAUGGUGUGGUAUCAGAAGUUUGAAUAUGCAGUAGGCCACUGGCUACAAAAGACUGCAGAGCACGUGUUCGGCUGUGUACUGUGCAGUCCUGGAUGUUUCAGUCUUUUUAGAGGAGCCGCACUCAUGGACGACAAUGUCAUGAAGAGAUACACAACAAAAGCCAGUGAAGCCAGCCAAUACGUCCAGUAUGAUCAAGGUGAGGACCGCUGGUUGUGCACUCUGCUGCUGCAGCAGGGCUGGAGGGUGGAGUAUAACGCAGCAUCUGAUGCAUACACCAAUGCUCCACAGGAAUUUAAAGAGUUCUACAACCAGCGCAGACGCUGGGGACCCUCUACCAUGGCCAACACCAUUGACCUCUUGGGUUCAGGAGAACUGACCUCUCAGAGGAACAGCUCUAUCUCAAAACCUUACAUCUUGUACCAGAUUAUCAGCAUGGGUGCUUCCAUUCUGAGCCCUGCCACUAUCUGUCUCAUGAUUGCAGGAAGCUUUGUGUUCGUCUUUAAAAUGAAUGCGGAUCUAUCCCUUGUUUUGGCCAUAGCUCCCCCUACUGUCUACCUCAUCCUGUGCUUCAAACUGAAAUCUGACACACAGAUUACAAUUGCAGCAAUCAUGAGUGUUUUCUAUGCAUUUCUCAUGGUGGGAACAAUUCUCUCAAUCAUAGGUGAUCUAGUGAUGCAACAGACUUUUAUGACUCCCAGUGGUCUGUUCCUCAUUGGCAUAGUGGCUAUGUACAUCAUCACGGCAGCUUUACACCCCCAGGAGUUCUCACUGGUCAUCUAUGGACUGGUAUAUUUCCUCUGCAUUCCCAGUGGGUAUCUACUCUUAAUUAUUUACUCCAUAGUCAACAUGAACAAUGUCACAUGGGGCACCCGUGAAUCCGGCAGCAAGGCUAAAGCUACAGCAGUCAAUACCAUCAAGAAGAAGUUCGUGAAUUCUUUAUGCUGCAAAUGUCCAUGCUUGGAAUCUGAAGAUCAGUUUGAGGAGAUACUGCCAACAGAAACCAUAACACAGAGGGAACACGAGUUCCAGCUUAGUCCUCAUCAAACUUGGAUUGAACGACUGCAGAUGAAAUCUAACGACUUUCUCUUGGAUGAAACUGAACUCCCUUAUGAUGAAAUCGAUUUCUGGAGAGAACUGCAGAAGAAAUAUCUGGAACCUCUUAAAGAGAAUAAAGAGCAACAGGAAAAAAUUGCUAAUGAUCUGAAAGAGCUUCGUAAUAAAAAAUGA